AUGGAAGCAGAUAAGGAUUUCGAAUCCGAAACCUUAUACACGGUGACCAGUGAAAACACGAAGAACGUCGCCACGGGAGGGAGAAUGAAUCAGAAGGUGGGAACUCGUUUAUUGGCGAAGUUGGUGACAAAGUUUGAGCCGACUGUCGAAAGAGGAGAAAAAAGGAGCUACUUCAGCUGCACAAAUAGCAAAUGCACAGUGAAGAAGAGAGUGGAACCAUCUUCUGAAGAUCCCACCAUCAUCAUCACUACAUAUGAAGGUCAACACUGUCAUCAUAGUGCCGGUUUCGCCCGAGGUGGACUCAUCAGCCAUGAAGUUGCCUUUGCCCGUCAAUUUAAUCCAGCAAUCUCUCAAAUUUAUCAUCCACACGGGAUACAGCUGCAUAGGGGAAUUCCUCCCAGCACAACACAGUCACACCAAGUACCUAUUGAAGUGAGAGAAUCUCGUUCACUGCCCAAAGGUGAAGGGUUACUUGGGGAUAUUGUGCCUCCUGGAAUGCAUAACAGGUGA